UUUAAAUCAGAUUCACUAUAGCAAUAUAGCCAUAUAUCUCUCUGUGUCUGUCUCUCUCUAGAAUCAUCUUCGAUCGACGCAGACAGAAACUGAUCCGGUCAACAAUGGAGGAAGUUCAAGAGUCUCAAACCCCAUCAUCGCUCGGUCAAGAAGAUGAAAAUGGGGUGAUUACUGAAAGUUCGGCAUUUGUUAAAGGGGAACCGGAACAAGAAUUCAGUAGUAACCCCCCAAAAGUUGAUUCUGAAGCUGAGGUCCUUCACGACAAGGUCACCAAACAAAUAAUUAAGGAAGGCCAUGGCCAGAAACCUUCCAAAUAUUCAACAUGCUUCUUCCAUUACAGGGCGUGGUCUGAGAAAACACAGCACAAGUUUGAAGACACGUGGCAGGAGCAACGGCCAACUGAGAUGGUCUUAGGAAAAGAGAAGAAAGAAAUGACUGGUUUGGGCAUUGGUGUUGCAAGCAUGAAAGCUGGGGAGCGUGCAUUGCUGCAUGUGGGCUGGGAAUUAGGAUAUGGAGAGGAAGGCAGCUUUUCUUUUCCAAAUGUUCCACCCAUGGCAGAUUUAGUUUAUGAAGUUGAGCUCAUAGGCUUUGAUGAAACAAAGGAAGGGAAAGCUCGCAGUGAUAUGACCGUGGAGGAAAGGAUUGGUGCCGCAGACCGGAGGAAGAUGGAUGGAAAUGCUUUGUAUCAGGAUGGAAAACUAGAGGAGGCUAUGCAACAGUAUGAAAUGGCCAUAGCGUAUAUGGGAGAUGACUUCAUGUUCCAGUUGUUUGGAAAGUAUAGAGAUAUGGCUCUGGCUGUAAAGAACCCAUCCCAUCUUAACACAGCAGCCUGUUUAAUUAAGCUGAACCGCUACGAAGAAGCUAUAGGACAAUGUACCAUCGUACUAGGUGAGGAUGAGAACAAUGUGAAGGCAUUAUUUAGGCGAGGUAAGGCUAGAGCAGCACUUGGGCAAACAGAUGCUGCCAAGGAAGAUUUUCUAAAAGCACGUAAAUAUGCCCCCGAAGACAAAGCAAUUGCAAAAGAAUUGAGGUUGCUUGCUGAACAUGACAAGGCUGUUUACCAAAAGCAGAAAGAGAUUUACAAAGGAAUAUUUGGACCAAGACCUGAACCAGUACCUAAGAGAAGAAAUUGGCUCAUCCUUAUUUGGCAGUGGUUGCUUUCAGUAUUCUAUCGCCUUCUCACGCUCUUCAAGCGUGAAAGCCAUAAAUCUGACUGAACAAACAAGACCAUUGGUGAGUUGACAAUUGUUUACGUGCAUCCUACGAAAAGCCACGUUUUGUGCUACUACUGAGGAUAUAAUUAUUUAUACUUUUACUAUUUCCCUUUGCUUGUGGAACAAUCAGACGCUGAAAUAACAGUUGUGAUUUCACUCUUUGGCAAUGCUUCCAACCUGUUCGUAUGUUGCUUUCCAAA